AUGGGCUCGCAAUCGCCAAACCCACCUUACGCCGUCCCUCCUCCCUUUUCUCCUCCCCUCUCGGCCCAGCGAUCCUCUACCGACACCAACAAACCCUCCUCCAUUGACGUCGACAUGAUCCGCUCGGAUGAACGCUCUACUAGAGCUGCCAGUGUCCUCUCGGGCAUGUCAAUGGAAGACAUGGAGGCUGCUGAAACACUCAAUAGUUUACACCAAAAAUAUCAUUCUCCCAGACAAUCUCAACCCCCUCCCACCCUUGUACAAACUCAAACAACCUUUGAUUCCGACCAGCCUGAACCCCUAUUGCGACUCUUCACCAGUCAAUAUCCUUUGGCCGGAAGUUUAAUCAAUGGGUCUUUGUCCGCCUACAAAACAACGCAAUCAUAUAUCCCGGGAGCAGAGUGGACAGAAAGAAAUGUCGGCCUCCCCAUUGCAGGCACCGUUGCCAGGAUAUCCGGAGUUGAAGGUGGCCUGCGCUGGGCAUUACAAUCAAAACGUGAUGGCAGAUCUUCUGGCAACCCCAGACGGUCCUCAGACGUCGAGAAAGGUUAUACAGACAUUGCCCCAGACGGGACUCGCCGAUCAAGCCCUGAAACGAUCUAUACCGAGAAUCUACCCGCCUAUAACCCCGGUGAUUGCUCCCCACCAUACACCGAACAACAGGUCCUAUUGAAAACUCGUGAACAUCAAUCUCCACAGGGUUGGCGACAGCAACUUGUCAUCUCCACAAGUGGCCUUAGUAUUGCGAUGAGCGAGGAAUCCCUUCGAAGUCUGCGAUACUGUUUGAGCUGGUUGCGCUGGGCUAAUGGCCGACUCGGCGAAGCAAUCCAAAAUCUCAAAGCCUUACUCGAAAGAUGGGACGAGGGUGUCACCCCUGCAGAACAACCUUCAACAAUGUCUGUUGCUAACAUGAUCCAAACCCAAGAAGAACAAAGACAAGCCGCCCUGUCAGCUCGCAUUGCCGCUCUAAAGGCUGACGUGCUCCAAACCUUGAAGCAUGUCGUCGGUAUUGUCUCCAAUUAUGCUGGCGGCGCAUUACCUCAGAACGCACGUGAUCUGGUUCACAGACAUCUGACCAGCUUACCCCAACGAUUCAGCCUUGCCAAUAUGGCAGGAAGGCAGGACUCAGACAGUCCGGAUGGAGGAGCUUCCGAGGCUGCCAAGAGUGGCAGACGAGUCAUGGUCCUUGCGCAAGAGGGACUGGAUAUGAUGACCCAAGUCAGCCGUGUCGUGAAUGAUACCCUGGUCAGCGCAGAAGGAUGGUGCGAAAAGUUAGGAAGGAGGGCCGAUUCGCAGCAGCAACAGCAAUCACAGCAAGGCGUGCAGAGGGCAGUGGCAGAUGAGAAAAUCGACGAGGGAAGAGACAGAAUGACCAUUGAGACGAUUGCACCCAAUGAAAGAGAACAAGAAAAAGAGAUGAAAAGGGAAGAUGUGAAUAUGCAAAUGUGA